AUGGUGAUGACCGUAGGGAAUAACACAGCUCAGCCCCCAGAGCUCCAGCCACCCCGUCAGCUCAGCCCCCAGAGCUCCAGCCACCCCGUCAGCUCAGCCCCCAGAGCUCCAGCCACCCCGUCAGCUCAGCCCCCAGAGCUCCAGCCACCCCGUCAGCUCAGCCCCCAGAGCUCCAGCCACCCCGUCAGCUCAGCCCCCAGAGCUCCAGCCACCCCGUCAGCUCAGCCCCCAGAGCUCCAGCCACCCUCGUCAGCCUGGAGCUCCAGCCACCCCGUCAGCCCCCCAGAGCUCCAGCCACCCCGUCAGCUCAGCCCCCCAGAGCUCCAGCCACCCCCGUCAGCUCAGCCCCUCCAGCCACCCCGUCAGCCCCCCAGCCCCCAGAGCCCCAGCCUCCCCGUCAGCCCCCCAGCCCCCAGAGCCCCAGCCUCCCCGUCAGCCCCCAGCCUCCCCGUCAGCCCCCCAGAGCCCCAGCCUCCCCGUCAGCCCCCCAGAGCCCCAGCCUCCCCGUCAGCCCCCCAGAGCCCCAGCCUCCCCGUCAGCCCCCCAGCCUCCCCGUCAGCCCCCAGCCUCCCCGUCAGCCCCCAGAGCCCCAGCCUCCCCGUCAGCCCCCAGAGCCCCAGCCUCCCCAUCAGCCCCCAGAGCCCCAGCCUCCCGUCAGCCCCCAGCCUCCCCGUCAGCCCCCAGAGCCCCAGCCUCCCCGUCAGCCCCCAGAGCCCCAGCCUCCCGUCAGCCCCCAGAGCCCCAGCCUCCCCGUCAGCCCCCAGCCUCCCCGUCAGCCCCCAGCCUCCCCGUCAGCCCCCAGAGCUCCAGCCACCCCGUCAGCUCAGCCCCCAGCCCCCAGCCACCCCUUUACGUAAAAAUGUAUGCACACAUGACUGUAAGUCGCUUUGGAUAAAAGCGUCUGCUAAAUGGCAUAUUAUUAUUAGUUUUUAUUUUACUUCUGUGGUGAAAUGUAGAUUGGACUGGAUUAUGGUUGUUAAAGGCCAUGUCAUGUGGGGGAUGACUGGAAUCACUCUCACAGGAGUUCUUAGUUCAGAGAGAGAGAGAGCGAGAGAGAGUGAGAGACAGAGAGAGAGAGAGAGAGAGAGAGAGAGAGAGAGAGAGAGAGAGAGACAGAGAGAGAGAGAGAGAGAGAGUGAGAGACAGAGAGAGAGAGAGAGAGAGAGAGAGAGAGAGAUAGAGACAGAGAGAGAGAGAGAGAGAGAGAGAGAGACAGAGAGGUGAAAUUGAGAAUGGAGUGUGGUUGUGUGAAUAUGUUGUGGGGAGAUCUUAAGGAAAUCUGAUGAGCUGUGGGGAAGGUUCUGUAUAAGGGUGCAGACUGGAUCGAGUGUUUCUUUGAUUCAGAACUUUUUCAUCUUAUGGCCUUCAGGUUCUGUAGUAAACAGGUCCCUAUUUCCCUAGUUUAGAUUACUAUGGACCAACUAUACAGAAAACAUAAAGAAACAUUCCAUUGUUAUUAAUAUGUUUUACUGGUAUAUAUGGCCAUGUAUUUCACAUUUGCCUUGAACAGAAAGGUGGCCAAUCAACUAUGCAUGAACAACCUUUUUUGCUGUUGAAAUAAUGUAGUCGUUGAAAAGCAAAGCUUUACAUGUAAAGGACCAGUUAGUGCUGUGUGGUGGAACCUGUUAAAACAAUACUAUUGUUGCUGUGGGGAGAGAAACUGGAAGACGCCUAUCUGUGUCACACUGUCCCGUCUAUAGACGUACAGACACCAUGCUGUUUCUGAACGGAUGAAAUAAAACUGUUCAUGAUA